ACUGAGCAUUGUCCUCUCUUUUUCUCCUCCGUCUUAAAUUCGCUUCAGAAUGCGCCCAACAUAGUUCUUCUCUUCCCCCCGGACUCUCUAUGCUCUUUCACUAUUCAUUAUGGCUUCUCUUCUGCCAUUUCAGGACCUCAAUUGCUUCCCUAACCCUCACACUGCUAUCAGUAACGCCACUGAUCCAAUCAAUGUCGGACCCACUCCCUCCUCGAGGACGUGCUUUCCAACACUGGUGCCCAAGCUCGAGCCUUUGGACGAUUUGUUCGAACCCCAAGAGCAAGAGCAAGCCCUUGGAAACAUCAUUUCAACUCCUAACCCUGAGAAUGCAUCAGCUAAUGCUUGCGCUGGAAUCCCACAAGGCGUGCCGAUGGAAGACCAUGUAUAUUCAGAGUUCAAUCGAAUUUCUCAAAUGUUUUGGGCAGCAUUUCCCGACAAUGUACAGCAAUCCGGAGAUGACAACGUUUCAAACUCAGAUUCGAGGGCAAUUGUUCCUGUACCAAAGGAGAACACCCAGGUUUCUUCGGUGGUGGUUGCUACUCGGAAGCGGAGCUCCCAGCGAGUUAAGGAACUGGUAAGGGUUGGCGAUAUUAGGAUCGAAGACGAAAGGCAUCAUCGUGCCGUAGUCAGAAGGACCAGGAUGGUAUACGACUCGUUGCGCAUUUUGACGCCAAUGGAGGAGAAGAAAAGUAGUGAUGAUUCAGCUAAGCGUAAGCGGCCUCGAGGUGAUACGCGUGCUGCCGCCAUGUUGAGAUAUCGUGGGAUGUGGCUUAAUCGAGAUAAGCGGAUAGUAGGUGCUAUUCCAGGCAUUCAUGUUGGUGAUUUGUUCCUUUAUAGGAUGGAACUGUUAGUAGUUGGGUUACAUUGUCAAACUCAAGCCGGAAUUGAUUAUCUUCCCGCAAGCAUGAGUCCAAAUAAGGAGCCAAUAGCAACUAGCGUUAUUGUAUCAGGUGGAUAUGAGGAUGAUAUAGAUGAUGGUGACGUUAUAAUCUAUACAGGACAUGGAGGACAAGAUGCUAAGCAUUCAAAGCAAGUUGCUCAUCAGAAGUUGGAAGGAGGAAACCUUGCAUUGGAAAGAAGCAUGCAGUAUGGGGUUGAGGUACGGGUUAUUCGAGGGAUUAAACAUGAGGGAAGUGCUUCAAGUUCGAACAAGGUUUAUGUGUAUGAUGGCUUGUACCGGAUUGCUGCUUGCUGGUUUGAACUGGGUAAGUCUGGUUUUGGGGUUUACAAGUAUAAACUUUUGAGAAUUGAUGGGCAAGAAAAAUUGGGUAGUGCAAUUCUUAAACAUGCUCGGCUUCUAAGGGUUGAUCCAAUUUUUUCUGAUUCUACGAGUUGUUUUAGUCUUGACAUUUCGCUCAACAAAGAGAAUACUCCUGUUCGUCUCUUCAAUGAUAUUGAUGCUGAUGAUGGUCCUCUUCAUUUUGAGUAUCUUACAAGGACUAGUUUUCCUCAUUUUGUAUUUCAUCAAAGUGGAAGUGCUACUGGCUGUGAGUGUGUGGAAAGUUGUACUGAUGGUUGUUUCUGUGCUUUGAAAAAUGGAAAUGAAUUUCCUUAUAAUAGAAAUGGGAUUCUAUUAAGAGGGAAGCCAGUAGUUUUUGAAUGUGGUCCAUUCUGCCGUUGUCCUCCACAUUGUCAAAAUCGUGUGACACAAAAAGGGAUGAAAGUUAGACUGGAAGUAUUUAGGUCUAGAGAAACAGCAACAGGUUGGGGAGUUAGGUCCCUGGAUGUUAUUCAUGCUGGUGCUUUUAUCUGUGAAUAUACAGGGGUUGUACUUACAACAGGGCAAGCACAAAUUUUGACUAUGAAUGGUGAUUCAAUGGUCUAUCCAAAUCGAUUUCCUGAUAGGUGGGCAGAAUGGGGGGAUUUAUCUCAGAUAUACCCUAAUUAUAUGCGUCCAUCAUAUCCAUCAAUUCCUCCGUUAGAUUUUGCCUUGGAUGUAUCGACAAUGAGGAAUGUUGCUUGCUAUAUCAGGCGCAGUGCAGCUCCAAAUGUGUUCGUUCAGUUUGUUCUCUAUGAUCACAAUAACUUGAUGUUUCCUCACCUUAUGCUUUUUGCAAUGGAGACUAUCCCUCCAUUGAGGGAGCUCAGUCUAGAUUAUGGAGUGGCUGAUGAUUGUACAGGAAAGCUCUUAAUAUGUAACUGAAUGAUCUGAAAGGGGCAUACAGCUUACAGUAUGGUGAGGCUGAGUUUUGGGUAUGUUGCCAUGAGAAUCCCAGGUGAAGCAGAAUGACUUGUAGACGGUUCCAGACUCACUAAUCUAACUAGAAGCGUUGACUUAUCUUUUUAGCUGAUUCCGUUCUACCUGACUUUUUUUUUUUUUUUUCGUUUUUCGGGUGAAAAGCAGCAUAUGGAGUUUGAGGUUCAGAUCCCGUGAAGUAUCACAUCCAUGAAGUUGCCUAAAAUGGAAGAUUACAGACUGUCAGAUUUUGCUGUAAAGGUGAAGAUGAGGCCACGUGACUAAGACCAUCCAAAACACAUGGUGAUAUUUAAGGCGCUCUGUCACGUGACUUCAUCCUGACCUUUCCAAUGAUCUGAUGCACAUAAUCCUUCACUUCAUGCAACUUUAUAGAUCCCUUAUUUCUUGGGCUCUGAAUGCAUGCAGUGUCGUAUCUUCUUGCUAAAACUUUUAGAGAACUUUAUAGAAAUUAGAAUGUAGCUCGGCUGUAUUUUCCCCUUCCCUUUUGUUUUUUUUGUAUUGUAUCUAAUUAAGUCUACAAAUUAGAUCCCUGGAUUCAGUUGUUAAAUGCAAGGGAUUCAAAUUUCCAAGUCCAAGCUUGUACAGGACUAACAUCGUGUAAUAGUUGUCAGUGAUCAUGUUAUGUUCACAAAAUAGACAAACAAUCCAGAUUGAUAUCA